UAAUUAUCAAUUUAAGAAAAAUUCAUAUUUGUCCUAAACUAAUAACGAUUUUUAUGGAUCUAUCUUUUCAUACACCAUUCAUCACACCCUUCCCAAACCUACCUCAAUGUUGAAACAUCACUUUCACCCGACACUACUCGAUUUCUUCUUUUAUGUCUUCCUAACAAGACAACCACAUACACACACAAAUUCCACCAAUUUCUUCAAUUUGAACACAUUCAUUCAUGGGUUGUCCAGUCUCAAAAAACCUUACCAUAGUUGUUAAAAAUUCCGAGGACAACCAUUCUAAUUCUUCACAAGUUUCAAAAGCUAUGUCUCUCCCAAUGCCUCUUGUGCAUCACCCUCCAACAAGAAAAGGUGAUACUCAUCACCUUGUUUCCCUCACCUCCACCACCUAUGGUUCCCUUCUCAUGAUUAACCAAAACGAUUAUGAUGACGAACCCUCAAAACUGAACGAAACACAGCGAGAAGAAUCAUUGUCACCUGACUCAGUCAUCAACGCUUGGGAACUCAUGGAUGGCCUUGAUGAUGUUGACGAUGAACCAAAUUUUGACACUCCAAUGGAGAAGAACAUUUCUUCUUCUUCUUCUUCUUCACCAUCAUCAUUGAACAAGAAGCCACUUUGGCAACAUUUAUCCGAGGAAGCUUUGCUUGCUAAAUUGGACUCAAAUGUUGUUUCGAGUUACAAGAGAGCAUUGUUAUCAAGAAAACAUGGAAGAAACAACCAUCUAUCAAGGUCAGCGGAAUCUAGUAGCGGUAGUAGCAGCAGCAGUAGUAGUAGUAAUAGCCCUUUGAGUUGUAGUCUUUCUUCAAUUUCUAGAAAUUUGUGCUGUUUACCUGGUGCUGAAGACAGAAUAGUGUUUUACUUUACAAGUUUAAGGGGUAUUCGCAAGACCUAUGAAGAUUGUUGUUCCGUUAGAAUGAUAUUGAAGGGAUUCAGAGUUAGAGUAGAUGAAAGGGACAUUUCAAUGGACUCAUCUUAUAGGAAGGAAUUGCAGAAUGCACUUGGAGACAAAAUGGUGACAUUACCACAUGUUUUUAUCAGAGGAAAACAUGUGGGAAAUGCUGAGGAAAUCAGGUUGCUACAUGAGUCUGGUGAAUUGGAAAAUCUGUUGAAAGGUUUUCCUAUUAAGGAUUCUGGGUUUGUGUGUGAAAGAUGUGGAGAUGCAAGGUUUGUUCCUUGCUCAAAAUGCAAUGGUAGUAGAAGAGUGUUUGAAGAGGAAAAAGGGAAAUUGAGAAGAUACAAUGAUGCAUCAUUAGAAAAAAGAUGCAUUGAUUGUAAUGAAAAUGGCUUGAUAAGAUGCCCAACUUGCUGCUCAUGAGUCAUGACUAUAUUUUUGUUUCCUAAUGGCAAUUAUAAUGUCUUUAUUUUAUAUACUGUUGUUUAUUUAUGUCUUAAUUGCAUGUU